UGCCCGGUCCCCGCCGCCCCGCCGCGGCCCCGCCGCCGCCAUGAAGGACGUCCCCGGCUUCCUGCAGCAGAGCCAGAGCUCCGGGCCCGGCCAGGCCGCCGUGUGGCACCGCCUGGAGGAGCUCUACACCAAGAAGUUGUGGCAUCAACUGACGCUUCAAGUGCUUGACUUUGUGCAGGACCCGUGCUUUGCUCAAGGAGAUGGCCUCAUUAAGCUUUAUGAAAACUUCAUCAGUGAAUUUGAACAUAGGGUGAAUCCGUUGUCGCUGGUAGAAAUUAUUCUUCAUGUAGUUCGACAGAUGACUGAUCCUAACGUGGCUCUAACUUUUCUGGAAAAGACACGUGAGAAGGUGAAAAGUAGCGACGAGGCCGUGAUCCUGUGUAAAACUGCAAUAGGAGCACUGAAAUUAAACAUUGGGGACCUGCAGGUCACAAAGGAAACAAUCGAAGAUGUCGAAGAAAUGCUCAGCAAUCUGCCCGGGGUGACGUCCGUUCACAGCCGCUUCUAUGAUCUCUCUAGCAAAUAUUAUCAGACCAUUGGGAACCACGCAUCCUACUAUAAAGAUGCUCUCCGGUUUUUGGGUUGUGUCGACAUCAAGGAUCUGCCAGUGUCUGAGCAACAGGAGAGAGCUUUCACACUGGGACUGGCAGGACUGCUUGGCGAGGGCGUUUUUAACUUUGGAGAACUCCUGAUGCAUCCUGUCCUGGAAUCGCUGAGGGGCACUGACCGACAGUGGCUGAUCGACACCCUGUACGCCUUCAACAGUGGCAACGUGGAGAGGUUCCAGACUCUGAAGACUGCCUGGGGCCAGCAGCCUGAUUUAGCAGCCAAUGAGAACCAGCUUCUGAGGAAAAUUCAGUUAUUGUGCCUCAUGGAGAUGACUUUCACACGACCUGCCAAUCACAGACAGCUCACCUUUGAAGAAAUUGCCAAAAGUGCUAAGAUCACUGUGAACGAGGUGGAGUUGCUGGUGAUGAAGGCGCUCUCGGUGGGGCUGGUGAAAGGCAGCAUUGAUGAGGUGGAUAAGCGGGUUCACAUGACCUGGGUGCAGCCCCGAGUCUUGGAUUUGCAGCAGAUCAAAGGCAUGAAGGACCGCCUGGAGUUCUGGUGCACCGACGUGAAGAGCAUGGAGAUGUUGGUGGAACACCAGGCCCACGACAUCCUCACCUAGUGCCCUUCCUUCCCCAGACUGUUUGGGGCUUGUGACUGGGGAACCUGGUUGCUGAGAGGUGGAUGGUGUGCAUUACUGCAUGAAGGGUGAGGGUUGGGGUUCUGUUUAGAGAGAGACUGUCCUUGAUAUACAAACUGGGGGGCCUGGUCAUAGGGGACCUUCCUUCAUGGGUGUCUCCUCCAGCCUGGAGGCCUGGUGAGGAGGGCUCCUCAGGAAGACCCAAAGUCUGGGGAGUACCACCUCCAAGGUUGUGUUUAACAGAUGCACCUUUUCCAGUGGCUUCAGAAUGUUCUGGUAAUAAACAUCUUUGCUAGUUUG